AGACUAGGCCACGGUGUCAUACCGCUGACGUCAACGGGUUGGGGGUGUUGAAGGCAGAAGCCAGUGGAUAACCGCGGCCGAUUGGUAUCUGGUGUUCGUUGCGAUGAAUCUGUGAACGGACCUAAGAUAGAUGUCCAUUUUGAUGGCUGAAUGAGACUACAUAUUCCGAGCAUUGCAAUUUAGAGUGUUUGUGCCCUAUUGACGACUGCAACGACGCGGACUAACAGAAUCAUAGGCGCAGUUUGAGGCGGUUUGGCUUGAAAUGCGCGACUUCCAGUUAGAGGUUUGAUACAGACCUGGCAAAGGAUGGCAAGCACAUCCAAGAUUUGGAUUGCUUUGAGAAACACAGUGGUCAACUGGCCACCGCUCAUACUGUUUGUAGCAUGCCUCAUAACAUUAAGUGGGGUAACAUUUGUUUUGGGUGCGUAUGUGUACAACACUGAAGACAUUCUGGACAGGGAUUCUUUGUCGUGGAACGCGUUCCUCGGCGACAUGGAGCGGCACGGCUUCUGCCCGCACGCGGCGCCGGCCGCGCCCUCCGCCAAUGCCACGACCCCCGACCACCUGGUGGGCGUCUCCCUGCUGCUGCCGGCGGUCGGGGCGCAGCACCUGGCGGCCAACGCCUCCGUGCUCACGCUGGAGGAGUCGCGUCCGGCCGGCCUCAACGUCAGCUUGGAGCCGAUGACGGCGACAGCCGGCGGCGCCGUGCUGCUCUGUGUGCGCGUGACCGGGCCGGCAGCCGGCCUGCCGCGGCCCGGCCGGACUGCGCCCCCCGCCUGCGACGCCUCAGCCGCCGCCGGCCCCGGCUCGCUGGGGCUGACAUCCGACGGUGCAUGCGCCGCCGGCGCGCCGCGCUACCGGCUCAAGUACACGGCAGCGCCCGCUUGGGAGCUCACGCUGUCCAUGGUGGACCGGGAGCGGGUGUACGCCCACCUCAGCUGCACCAGCGUCUUUCUGAUGGUGAUGGCUGUGUGCAUGCUGCUGUGCACCCUGGUCCGCAACCGGUCGCGCUACACCCUCACACCCGGUGACAAGGUGCCGCUGUCUGACGGCUGAAGAAAGUCGACGCUUUCCCUGCACUGUGCCUUAUUGUUAUUAGUGGUGGCUAACUGUGUCAGUAAGCAUGUCCCGCCGGCAGUGCCUCCCGUGCGCGGCGGGCGCACCGCGGUGUGAUACCGUUAAUCAGUGGCGUAGUUUAUUUAUUGUUACCGUCCCGUUUGCCGUGUGCUGUGCUGUGAUGUGUGACAAGCAGUGGUGCGGGUGUGGCGUAUUGCCGGGCUCGUUGUUUGCGGCCUAACGGUCGGCCGGACUGGCGGAUGUUUGUCGAGUAAGCCGCGCGGAUGGCGGCCUGUGCGCCUGCAACCCUAUCUGUGGGUACGUUCCGGCCGUUGCGGACCUUCGUCGGCGUCGGUUGUGUUUGUUUUGCGGCGGUGGUUGGUCAGUAGCAGCGGGCUUGAAACAGUUGGCCCCCGUGGCCGUCGGGGUUUGACACGCUCCUCGUGCCGGCCUGUCCCCAGAUCCCGUCCGAUCCGACUCGGUCUCGCACGCCGUGAGCCUCCACCCCCCGAGAGGCUUGGCCGACGCGGAGCUCUCGUGCCCGCCUCCGCGCGUGGACGCGCCUCUCUUCCCUCGCCGCACCUCUGCCGUCCAACGUCCAACUCCGAGGUUACCGCCACCCUGUCCUGACCGUGGCGCCCUCCAGCCCGUGACCGGCUCGACGCACGACCCCGGAGUCUGGACUUUGUACUACGUGCCGUUUGCCUUGGCACGGCCACUUGGAAAGGGCGCCGAGCCGCGCUCAGGUCGGGCCGCUCAGACCACAACCGUUUUCGCAAAGUCAAGUGUGCAUUACUCACAGAGUUGGAAGUCAUACAAUGAUGCAAAACAGUCGGAACGCGGCCUGCAGCCGGAGAACGGUCCGCAGGGGGAAAGUCGCUACCCGCUGCCUGGGGAGCUGAGUACCUUGGUGACUGGCACGUGGAUGGAUGGAUGGGAAAACUGCAGCGUGAGCCGGCAAAAUGUCUGGAGCUCGGGACCGUAUAUCUUGGGAUAACCACCAUGUUGCCCCCAGGGGUUCCCGCGUGGGUCGGUAAUCGCAAAGCUGCGUGGGCGGCGUCCAGGUGGAGGGUGUGAAUCACGUGAAAAAGGGGUUGGUGUGGAGAACAUAAGGGCGCGCUUGCUGAGCGCUCCCGACGUUGUUAACUCAGUUACUCUCGUGUAUAAUUUCGCGGGAACAUAUCAGUUAGCUACAUGCAAAGCGGUCGUGGUAAUCUCCAGACUUAAAAGUGUACCGAACGGUACUGCCGGGGAUCACUAAUCUGCUCAAGAUAAUCAUUCCAAAAAGUGGUUGCUCGUUUUGUCGACUGCAUAUGAAGGUGGCCAUGGCCAUGGCCAGCGCCGGCGUACUUACGAAAAAUAGGCCUUCCUAUCCCAGUGCAGUGCCAGAAGUGCCGAGACAUGCGCACGGGAGGUGUGUUUUCGGUUAAUUACAAACUAUGAAGUCGCGUUAUCACGUCACAUGUCACGCCGCACCAGACCUUUUACCAGUCUAGUGACCUGGUGGACGGCCGCCACAUUAUUCAGGGUCGAGCAGCCACGCGGAAGGGGGCGAAGAGAGUGGGUACGGCAAACUCAGAAAGACAUUGUGUGCACCCUCGUGCCUGUUUCUUCCGUUUCACCGUGUCCGUGUGUUGAAAUACAGACGCCACGUCCUGCUGGAGUUUU